AUGAACCACCGCCGGCCGCUUCACACCCUCCCCUUCCUCUUCAACAGCUUCACCCCCACCAACUCCUCCUCCAGCCUCUUCCUCUACGGAUCCGCCGCCGUCGAAUCUCGAGUCCUCACCCUCACCAACUCCACCACAUUCACCAUCGGCCGCGCUCUCUACCCGCAGAGAAUCCGCACCAAAACCCCCAAUUCCUCCUAUGUCAACCCCUUCUCCACCUCCUUCAUCUUCGCCAUGGCGCCGUACAGAAACACCCUCCCGGGCCACGGAUUGGUCUUCCUGUUCGUCCCCUUCGCUGGAAUCGAGGGGGCUUCCUCUUCUCAGAACCUGGGCUUCCUCAAUCGCACCAUCGACAACGAUCCCAGCACCCGCAUCUUCGGCGUCGAGUUCGACGUCUUCGCCAACCAGGAGUUCAGCGACAUCAACGACAAUCAUGUUGAGUGUGAGCUCGAGGAGGGUUGCGGGAGGGAUUCUGCCAGCGCCGUUCGGCCCCAGAUUCGGCCGCUUGUCCAGUUGGGAGGGACCUGGAGGCUGGAGGUGUCGCCGGCGAUGACUGUUUCUCUCAUCUGCGAAAAUAAAAUAUCAUGGAAAAUAUACAGUUUGGUACCUAAAAUAUUUAUUAUCAAGUUGCAGUAUAUAAAGUUUUCAAAUUUGACAUCUUGA